AUGGUGACAAAUAUGCAGUCUUACAUCAAGUAUAACAUACUAAGAGUGCUGAAAGAAAAUCUAGAGAAAACUAUUCACUUUUACACUAAAGUUUGCGGCAUGGAGUAUGUAGUGAAAACAGUGUCUAAACAAGGCUAUCCUUACACUUGGAGUGAUAAUAAAAUACAUGUUUUUACUUAUAAACAAAAAUCGAAAGUCUAUCAACCCACUGGAAUCUGCUUUAUUGUGGACGAAAAUUUUAAAGUCGAUUAUGAACAUCGGGGAUAUUGGAAAACAGGGUUAGCCUUGGCGGAUUUAAAUGCAGCUGCGAGAUAUUUCAGGAAGAAUGGAUACGAAAUCUCAGAUGGUGAACAAUUUUUUGAUGUUGGAUUUGUAGCAUUUAUAAAGGAUCCGAACGGGUAUAGCAUAGAGUUGUUGCAACACACAUUUGAAGAAAACUUUCAACCAUACACCGGCGAAGUGGGCUGUCUCGAUCAACCAAAAACUCGAUUACCUUGUAUUGGUCAAAUAACUCACGAAACUCGCGCGAUUAAGCCCACAUAUGAUUUCUACACGAACGUAUUACAAAUGAAACACGUGUGUGAGGAACAACCUGGAAACAAAUUGGCCUUCACAUUGUAUUUUUUCACCUACACUGAAGAAGAGCCAGUUAAUAAAAUACUCUCUGCAGUGGAGAACAGGGAAUGGUUAUAUGGAAAAGAGUUUUGCCAAGUUGAAAUUCGUCACCGACACACCACGCCGAAAGAUUUUAAUUUUGUAACCAACGACAGGGACGGCGUCGGCAAACUUGGUCACGUCGGUAUUUCCUUGUGCGUGUCGUCAGACGUCAUGGAGAACAUUAAGCAAAGCGUUACUACUUUUGACGUGUGUCGUGACGUUGAUGGUGUUGAAAAUAUUUUUAUACAAGAUCCAGACGGCUUGUCAUUUCGAACAUUUCAGACAGUUACAAGUUCGUUUAUAUAUACAAGUUCGUAUCGUUUAAAAGUAAAUAGAAAAUAUAUACAUACAUCAGCUAGUAAAAUAAAGAUCUUAAACCAUACGAAAAAAAUUAAAAGACUGACUAGAGCUUGCAGAAAGCAAUUUUGCCUUAUCACUGAGCCCAAAAAAAAUUAA